GUGGGGCAGGUGGCAGGGUGCCCGGUACUGCCCCCGGGGCUACCUUCGCGCCGUCUCGCUGGGGGUGCAGCCGCGGCAGGACACUGGGGACGACGUGGCCGCCACCGGCCUGCGCGUGGCCUGCUCCGACGGGGAGCUGCUGGUCGGCGACGCUGGGGACGCCGGGGACCAGGAGGGGCCCUGGAGCCGCCCCUGCCUCUCCGGCUCCGUCUGCGGCCUCCAGACCCGGGUGGAGGAGCCGGGGGGCCAUCAGGGGGACAACACGGCCCUCAACGACGCCCGUUUCUUCUGCUGCCCGCCCUAGGGCCCCCCCCAGGGGUGCCCGCCCAUUAAACCUGGCCCAGAGCCUCUUCCCAGCCA